AUGGGGCCAGUCGCAGCAGAAGAGCUCGAGCUCUCGCAAGCACAGCGGGACGAGCUCAGACGUCUUGGGCUCACUCCUAAGAGUCCCGUCCGUGUGAUUAGUGCCGAGAACGGCGAGCGUAUCAUCAACGGACGGUUCUUGCACAUCACUGACAUGCACCCUGACCCCCACUACCGGGAAGGAAUGCUGCCUGAAGAGCUGGCAUGCCACUCGCCGGGCGAGGGAAAGUCGGGAAAGUACGGAGACGCCAUUUUGGGGUGUGACAGCCCCAUGAUCCUCGUCAACGACACGGUGGCGUGGAUUAAAAAGCAUCUCAAGGACAAAAUCGACUUCGUGGUGUGGACUGGCGACAACAUCAGGCACGACAACGACCGUAGGUUCCCCAGAACCGAGCAGUCGAUCUUCGACAUGAACCAGCAGGUCAGUGACUUGAUGUACGAGGCGUUCAAGGACGACCAAGCGGACGACCACCUGCGCAAAAUGCAGGUGGACCUCAUUCCGUCAUUGGGUAACAACGACGUGUACCCCCACAACUUGUUCUCGCCUGGUCCCACCCUCCAGACCAGGGAGAUGUUCAAAAUCUGGCAGAACUACAUUCCCCAAUCCCAGCUCCAUAUCUUCAACCGAGGCGCCUACUUUUUCCAGGAGGUGAUUCCUGGCCACUUGGCGGUGUUAUCCAUCAACACCUUGUACCUCUUCCAGUCCAACCCGUUGGUAGACAACUGUGACUCCAAGAAGCAGCCAGGGUACAAGUUGUUCGAAUGGCUCGGAUACGUGCUCAAGGAAAUGAGAGCCAGAAACAUGAAGGUGUGGCUUACUGGCCAUGUGCCUCCCAACGAGAAGAACUACGAUAUUUCCUGUCUUCGGAAGUACAUUGUUUGGACCCACGAGUACAGAGAUGUCAUCAUUGGUGGGCUCUACGGCCACAUGAACAUCGACCACUUCAUUCCCUUGGACUCAGUGGCUGCCUACAAGUCGAUCAAGAAAUCGUUGAAGGGCCAGGCCAAGGCCAAGGACUUGUCGUUUGUCACUACCAUUGAGGACCAGGACUCGGACUGGGAAUACGAAUCAGAUUCCGACGAUGAAUUCACUGCUGCCUUAGAAGAAUCGGAUAUUUACAAGACCUUCGAGGAGUUUGGCCCCGAGUUCAGAAUCCAGGGAGGUGUUCCCAGCAACAAGGUGAAGUACAUGGAGUCGUUGCGUGAAACGGUGUACGCCAAAAUCAAGGGUAGACGGAAGUCGGGCAACCACGCCGAGAGAUAUUCCAUCGCUCAUGUCACUGCCAGUGUAGUACCCACCUUCAACUCGGGUAUUCGUGUCUGGGAAUACAAUAUCACCGGCUUGCGUGAAAAUAUCGAGUUUCAGGCCAAGUAUGGCUUUGCUCCUUGGGACCAGUUCUUUACUGGAUUGAACAGUUUAUUCCAAAGUCUAGACGAAGAGGACGAAGAAAGUUACUGGAUUCUCAAGAAGGACAAGACCUUGCCUCCUAAGAUGCCAGAUAAUUUGCCAUUGGGCCCAGCAUAUAUCCCCCAAACUUUCACCCCCGAAAGAUACGUGCAAUAUUACCUCGACCUUGAGCAGAUCAAUUCAGGGGAUAAGAAGUUUGGCUACGAAAUCGAGUACGCUACCGACGACAAGUUGUACGGCAUGAAGGACUUGACAGUGAAGGAAUGGAUUAAGUACGGCAGAAAAUUGGGCCAGCCUGUUAAAGACGCUACUAGAAGUAAAAAGAAGCCUAGCAAGAAAAAGAAGAAGCAGCAAAAGCAGUUGGAGAAGUUGUGGGACAGCUUCUUGAAAAAUUCAUUUGUCAGCUCCGAUUACGAAAACAAGGGGUACGGCUAA